AUGAAUUUUGAAUGUCAUCCUGGUCCUCUUAAUGCAUCGGUGUUGUUCUUGGACAAGAAUCACCGUGCGUUUGAGGUAUUAAAAAAUCCAACAGAGUAUAGUAACCCAAUAAAUAUUAGACGAUCAGAUCAAGCGUUCUGGCAGCAUAUGAAAGAAAAUCCGGUUGGUGGAAGGGUAGAAGGUUUAAUACAUGCAGCAGGAUUCAGCGGGAUACUGCAAAUUGGGUACAAGUAUGUAGACCACUCCUUAAUAACUGCGUUGGUUGAGAGGUGGAGGCCAGAAACUCACACGUUUCACCUUCCUUUUGGAGAAACGACUGUGACAUUACAGGAUGUCAACGUGUUGUGGGGGCUACCAAUUGAUGGGUUGCCUAUUUCUAGGGCUGACACUGGUAUGUCGAUGUAUACUGUAAGAGACAAGUGUCAACAGGUGUUGGGGUUUACCCCUGAGGAAGCUGAUGUGAGGGGGUGCACAAUCUCACCUGAUAAUGCAAACCACCCGAUUGAUGUCAAAUUUUUAGAAUUUCUCGUAGACUUGCCCGCAUGUUCGGGAUAUAGUUGGGGCAGUGCUGUGUUAGCUCACCUUUACAGAAACCUUUGUAACACUGCAGCACCUAAUGCUAUAGCCAUUACUGGCCCAGUUGCGCUUCUACAAGUGUGGGUUUGGGAGAGGUUUCGUUGUUUUGCUCCUGUUGUUGCCCGGUUCAAGUGGAAGGGAAGCUUAACGUGUACAGAUGUUUCCACACAUUGCCUGAGAACAUAUAGAUCUCAGCUGCAAUUUAUGACCGAGGAAUGUUUAAUUGGAGACCAUACGACGACAUUGUGUGUAGACUCCCCGAUAUAUGUCGGAGUGGUAUGGGAAUUUGGCGGAGUUGUUGCCCUCUACUAUACUACUCGGUUGUGGAGCAUCACUAUCCUCAACGAGUGA